UGUGUGACAGAUGGGGGGGCUCUUUUGUAUGAAAUCCUCACCAACAUGACCUCCAGCGUCAUGCGUAGAGUUGUGCGUACGAGUGGGAGUUGUCUGCUGCUGGAUAAACGCAUUGUUGUGCUGGGGGGAUGUUCCGUCCUGUAACGCUGCUGUUCCUGCUGUUUGCCUCUGCAGCCUUUGAAUGGCCUACAAAGGGAGGAACUGUGUCUUCUCUGUAGAAAUCUGCACAAAAACCAGCACGGGCGCCAAGCAGACCUCGUUCUGUUUUACCACAUCACGGAGCGUCAAGAUGAAGAAGAAAGCUCGGCAGCACCGGACGGCGGUGCCGCAGAGGGCGCAGUCUCCAAUCAAGCCCUCUCCCAACAAGCAGAUCCUGACCUACGCCCAGGCGCAGCGCAUGGUGGAGUUCGAGCUGGACGGCCGCAUCCACCGGCUAAGCAUAUACGACAAGCUGGACGUGAUCUCUGACGACGACCCCAUGAUCCAGGAGAUGAUGGAGUGCACCAGCAACAAGGAGAACGCCGACAAACCCCAGCAGCAGGUCCGCCAGAGGUCGGCCAGACUAAAAAGCAACCAGGAGAAGAGAAACGCAGCACUGGGCAUCGCCGGCAACGCGGAGGGCGGCGGGCAUCACGCCGCGAGUCCCGCUGCGCCGAAGCUCCCCGAGCCGAAAUUUCGAGUCGUCGAAUACAACCUUCCCGCGGUUCCCAAGCGCCCAGCCUCGUUUUACAAGUACAUAGAGAAGACGGAGGAGGAGCUGGACGAGGAGACGGAAUACGACAUGGACGAGGAGGACUACGCCUGGCUGGAGUUGGUGAACGAAAAACGCAAAAGCGAAGGGAUGAGUCAGGUAUCCCACAACGUUUUCGAGUUCCUGAUCGACCGCUUCGAGAAAGAGCUUCACCUGGAAAGUCUGGACCAAGCGAGCGAGAAGCAGCCCGCCGUCGACGAGGACGCGGUUUGCUCCAUCUGCAUGAGCGGCGAGUGCCACAAAAGCAACACCAUCCUGUUCUGCGGCAUGUGCGGCGUGUCCGUGCACCAGGAGUGCUACGGCGUCCCCUACGUCCCGGAGAGCCACUGGCUCUGCAGACACUGCCUCCAGUCGCCGACCCAGCCGGCAGACUGCAUCCUCUGUCCCAACAAGGGGGGAGCAGUGAAGAAGACGGACGACGAUCGGUGGGGCCACGUGGUCUGCGCCCUCUGGGUGCCAGAGGUCGGCUUCGCCAACACCACCUUCAUCGAACCCAUCGACGGCAUCGGGCAGAUCCCGUCCGCUCGCUGGAAGCUCACCUGCUACAUCUGCAAGGAGAAGAGCGUGGGCGCGUGCAUCCAGUGCCACAAGGCCAACUGUUACACGGCCUUCCACGUCACCUGCGCCCAAAAGGCCGGGCUCUUCAUGAAGAUGGAGCCGAUCAACGAGGUGACGGACACGGGGGAGCCCAUCCUCUCUGUCAAAAAGACCGCCUAUUGUGGAGCGCACACGCCCAACGGAUGUGUGAGGAGGCCGCUCUCCAUCUACGAAGAUGCCAAGCGGAAAAACGGACUCUGUAAGAGGGCGAAUAAAGGCAGGGGAGAUGAUAAAGAACAUUGCAAAGGAAAGCAGCAGCAAAAGAAGAAAGGCAAGAGCAAGAAGCCUGAACCUGACGAGGAAAGUGAGGCUGCAGCUCCUGCUACUGUGCCUAGUUUUCCUGCUCACAGGCUCCAGACCAUUCUGAACCAGGUGUCCAUACAGAAGAAGAGAGUCUUUGUGGAACUGGUCCUAAAUUAUUGGACCCUGAAAAGGCGAUCUAGGAACGGAGUCCCCCUGAUCAGGCGCCUUCAGACCUGCCUGCAGUCACAGAAGAACUCACAGCCGAGGCACAAUGAGGAGGAAAGCAGAGCGCUGAAGGAACAGCUGAAGGAAUGGCACCGCCUCCGACACGACCUGGAGAGAGCUCGACUGCUGCUGGAGCUGAUUCGCAAGAGGGAGAAGCUAAAGCGGGAAGAGAUUAAGCUACAUGAGACCGUCCUGGAGAUGAAGCUAACGCCGUUUAGCAUCUUGCUCCGGGCUCUGUUGGACCAACUUCAGGCAAAAGACCAGGCCAAGAUCUUCACCCAGCCUGUGGAUGUCAAUGAGGUUCCAGACUACCUCGACCACAUCAAACGCCCGAUGGACUUCUCCACCAUCCGGCAGCGCAUCGACGCCCAGGCCUACACCAACCUGGACCAGUUCGAGGCCGACUUCAACCUCAUCGUCGACAACUGCAUGAAAUACAACUCCAAGGACACCUACUUCUACCGGGCCGCCGUUCGCCUCCGAGACCAGGGCGGCGUCCUGCUCAGGAAGGCCCGGCGGGACGUGGAGCAGAUGGGCUUCGACGCCGAGAACGGCAUGCACUUGUCGGAAGCCCCCGAAGUCAAAGCGCCGCCGUCGUUUUCUUGGGAAGACGUGGACCGUCUGCUGGUGCCGGCCAACCGGGAGCACCUUCCCCUGGACAAGCAGCUGCAGCUGCUCCUGGAGAAGUUCGACCUGACCUGCGCCAUGAAGACCAGCCCGUCCCGCAGCAAGCGCCUCAAGCUGCUUAAGAAGACCAUCAACGACAUGCGAAACGAAAUCAGCCUGAAGAAACUUCUGCCCUCUCACCAUCACAGUUCCGCCUUCGCAGCCACUCCGUCCCCUCCGGAGCUGGACAAAUCCACAGAGGACAGGCAGAAACCCAACGGGCAUUUUCAAGAUGACGAAGGAGACAAGUCUCUUCCUCCUAAACUGGAGCCGCCGGACGCUCUACCCCCACUCCUCCGCUCGGAUGCCAAUUCUGAACCCCCCACCCUCAAACCGAUCGACGACGGCGCGGAACAGACUCGCGGCAAGCGACCGAGGUUGGACAGGGACGCGGCGGAGCUGCUGUCCUCGGCUCCACGCCUCAACGGCCACUCCCUCCAGAGCGCCCUGUGGGACGGCGACGUGAGCGUGCUGGCCACGCCCACCUUUGCGGAGCCCACGGGCGCGGCCAACCACCGGACGGCCGUCGUCUUCCGCAAGUCGAAGGCGGCCGGAGCGCACGGGCCGCCCGAGGGCGAAGACAAGGAGGACGACGGGGCCGACGGCGGGUCAGGCGAGCAGGACGGGGAAAAUAAGGACGGCUCCCAGCUCGGCGCCAAAUCUUUCCUCUCGGUUGUCAUACCGCGGCUGGAGACGCUGCUUCAUAGCAAGAAGAGGAAGCGCAGUGGCAGCAGAUGCAGAGAGGUGGAGGAAGAGGAGACUGAACACACAGAGGAGGGGGCGUCUCCCGGGAAAAGACUACAUACUGGCCUGUCGAGAGGUUUCCUGGGGAUGGCCGAGGAGAAAGAAGUAGAAAAAACACGGCGGCCCAGCAGAGUGGUGGAGCCGCGACGGCGCUGUGCCUCCGAGUCCUCCAUAUCUUCAUGCAGCAGUCUGCAGGGAAGCGCCAGCACCAUUCUCAGUCUUCCAAAAUGUGGAAUGGGGAAACCAGCUUUAGUCCGAAGAAACACUGUGGAUGAUAAGAGGGAACUCAUUGCCUGCAUUGAAUCGGGGAACUUUGCCAAAGCUGCUAGAAUUGCUGCAGAGGUCGGCAACAGCAACAUCUGGAUGCCGGCUAGUGCUGCAACAGUUGCCCUGGAACCUUUGAAGCUAGUCUGGGCCAAAUGCAGUGGCUACCCUUCCUACCCUGCUUUGAUCAUCGACCCCCACAUGCCACGCGUCGGCUGCCAGCACAACGGGGUGUCCAUCCCCAUCCCCCCCAUGGACGUGCUCCGAAUCGGAGAGCAGAUGCAGUACAAGGCCGAGGAGAAGCUCCACCUCGUCCUCUUCUUCGACAACAAGCGCAGCUGGCAGUGGCUUCCCAGGUCCAAGAUGGUUCCUCUUGGCGUCGACAAAACCAUCGACAAGAUCAAGCUGAUGGAAGGCCGCACCUCCAGCAUCCGCAAAGCGGUCCAGAUCGCCUUCAGCCGCGCCAUGAACCACCUGAGCCUGGUGCAGGACGAGCAAGUCAGCGACCUCAGCGACGUCGACUGAGGAUAAGACCACUAACCAAAAAACUUCUCCCCCCUCCACACACACACACACACACACACACACACACUCGCUCCUCAUUCCCCUCCUUCUGUCUCUGCGGGAGACUUCGAUGUUUACUGGGCACCUGCUGUAACAGGUGGUGUCAGAAAUGAAUGUGUCCGUAUUUUCUCUCCACCCUUUCUUUCAGCCCUGUGACUGUGCCGAGGUGGAGGCGACCCCCCCUCCUCCUCCUCCUCUUCCUCCUCCUCCUCCACUCUCAAUCCAAACACCUCCUCUGCCAUUGCUGAUGUAGUUUGUUUUGGUUGCCUUACAGAAUCCCGUUAAUUUGAAUAAAAACCUAUUAAGCUUACGUCAUUCCCACAGGUUUUUACGUCUGUUGUUUUCUUUUGUAUUUAAACUGUAAAUAACCUGUACAUUUGCCUGACACUAACUUAUUUUUUAUUUGUUAAACAUGCCGUUGGUACUGUACAGUUGUUGUUUUUUUUUUUUAAAUAUUUAGUAAGUUUUGCUUGAAUGAUCGAAAAGAAUAGAAAGUUAGGGCUCAAGUGUCUUGUUUAAAAUAAAAAAAGAAGAAAAAGAACAAAAAACUCCAAAAGCCUUGUUUUUGUCUAAGUUAUUAUUUUGUAAACUUCCAUUUUAUUUUAUUUUCUUGUAUGAAAAAUAAUUUUGGUAUAUUUUUGUUCAUAUAAAUACAGUAUUUAUAUUUGAAUACAUUGUAUGCUGUCUGUUUGUCUCUGUCGGGGGGGCCAAAAGCUCAAUUCAGUUCGCAAAUAAGUUGUUAAAUAAGCAUUGGACAGACGUGACAGUAAAACAAACGAAGCCUACAUUUUGAUAUGUUAGUAUUUUAAUAAUGAAGUCAUUCUGAAAAUGUGUAGGAAUGAGUUUUCAUUCGAUAACAAAUCAAUUUCUUGUCGCGGAAGAUUAUAAAUCGAUUUGACCCGUCAACGUCGAGGCCUGUUUCAUGAGACUUAAUUUAAUCCCACGGCGAACUGAUCCGUGAUCCGUUUAUGUUUUAAGGCGUGAAGCAUAUCUGUGGACACAAAUGCGUAUUUCACAAAUUAUCGUGCAUUGGAUUGCACCACUUUGGACUCUCGGUGUGCGUCUAAAGCUCACGGUCUGUCGUAAACACGGAACAUUUUGUUCUAAAGAAACCAAAAAUGUUGCUACCCAGAUGAUUUUUUUUUUGUUUUUGUCGUGUGAUUUUUAUUUUUUAUUUUUAUUUUUUUCUUUUUCGGAGAAAUUGUUGCCAAAAAAUAAGAAAAAAAUGUCAACUGUUUUUUUUUUAUUUUUAUUUUUUUUUUAAGGAAAACAAUUUGACUGUUGCUUUGCUGUUGUAAAAGAAUGUGCCUCUGUUAACUUAUUGUAAAGUACUUGCAUUACUUUAUAUGUGAAGAAAGACAUGCAGAGUGAUUGUGAAGUGACACAUUCUGUGGUGAAUAUCUGCCUUUUUUUUAAAUGUAACCCUUUUCUAACUUUUGUAGCUGUAGACUUGAAAGACAAUUCUUCUGUUUUUUGUUUUGUUUUGUUUUUUUAUAUGAACGUCUAUUUUUUCUGGGUAGCACCGGGUAGUUUUGAUAUACUUCAUUUUGUACUUUACUGUAGUGUUAUUUUUUAAUGGGAGGGGCAUACAGAAUAUUGCUGGGACUUUUUUUGUAGUAAAAGAACAAUAAAAAUACAAAAUAAACAAAGUGAAAGUGA